AUGUGUUUUCUUAUUAGUGAUAUAUGUAUGUCGAAAGCUAUUAAUUUAUGGGAUUUGUUUACUUACAGUAAGACACAUGGAAUGGGAGCUGCUCGCAAGCUGAAGUCUCACCGCAGGAGGCAAAGGUGGGCUGAUAAAUCAUACAAGAAGUCUCAUCUUGGUAAUGAAUGGAAGAAACCUUUUGCGGGAUCUUCACACGCCAAGGGAAUUGUUCUUGAAAAGAUAGGUAUUGAGGCUAAGCAGCCUAACUCUGCUAUUCGUAAGUGUGCCAGGGUUCAACUCAUCAAGAAUGGGAAGAAGAUUGCUGCUUUUGUCCCUAAUGAUGGUUGUUUGAACUACAUCGAAGAAAACGAUGAAGUUUUGAUUGCUGGAUUCGGAAGAAAAGGUCAUGCUGUGGGAGAUAUUCCCGGAGUUAGGUUCAAGGUUGUCAAGGUUUCUGGUGUAUCUCUUCUUGCCCUCUUCAAGGAGAAGAAGGAGAAGCCAAGAUCAUAA